CGAAAGAGACGCUGAUGGCUUCUGCUAUGCGGCGCACGCUACUGCUUUCUUUUCUCGCUGUAAGCGCGUGUUCAAGAGUCGCAGCGUUCGAUAUUCGAUGGGAGGACUACUGGGAGGCGGCCAUGUAUCACACGGGCCUGGGCUAUCAAUGCACUUUUGUGGACAAGCCGUCACAGACAGUUCUACAACAUUUACAAGAUAAUUUGAAGGGCCAGGAGCGAGCUGUAGAGGCGGUGGUGGGCGCAAUCGAAGCCUGGGAAUUCUCACGGAGCUCCACUAAAGACCGCGCACCACUUGUGCUGGCCAUCACGGGACCAACGGGAACGGGCAAGACGGAGAUGUCCAACCUGGUCGCUGAAGCGCUGUUCAAACGCAAGAAAAAGCUACCCAAUAGUGAGAAGCGCGUACCGUCUGGACUGCUGAUCUUCCGUGGAGAAGAUUUUAGCGACAAUUUUACGAACCCGAUUACUGAGUAUCACACGCAGAUCAAGACGAGACUUGCGGAACACUUGCACCACUGUUCAGGAAAAGCCAUCGUGGUGAUCGAUGAAGUGCAGAAGGUGAUUCCACACACGCUUGACGUUCUGAUGGAGGCUGUGAGUGAGAGCUCGCAGUUUUCCUACUACAAACAUGGAGUGACGAAGAACAUCGACACCGCCAACGUAAUUUUCGUGCUGGUGUCAGAUAUUGGCGUCGGAGAGAUGGAACAGGUCAUGAUUCAGUACGACACUCGGGACGAGAUACCCACGGUUCAGCUGGAAAGAGUUGUCAAGUCUGCUCUAGACGAUCAGUGGAAGCGACUGGACUUUGGCAAAAUGAUCGAUCAGGUCAUCCCGUUCCUGCCCUUCGAGCACCAGCAUAUCGUCGAGAUCAUUGCACUCAAGCUCCGGCAGCUGGAUGAAAAUUACCGUGGCAAAUACUGGCAUCGACUGUGGAUUGAGGACAACAUCGCGGACUACAUGUCUCGUCUGGACUCGGUGCACUACAAGGUCCGCUCUGCUGUGGUGAACGGCAAGGUAAAGUCCAGUAAAGUGUUCGCAAAGUAUGGCGCCCGUGACGUUGAGACGGGCCCAAUUCAAUUGCUCAAGUCGAAGUUGCUGCGCUACUUGCGGCCUUUCAAUCCCGACGCUGAGAUCCGGAUAUCGCAGGACGUUGAUACCAAGGAAAUCGCCAUCUUUGUGAACAUCGGUUGCGUCACUAAAUGGGCUGGUCGGUUUGAAUAA